GUUUCAGCCGCAGUCGGAUUUUGUCUGAUUAAGAAAACAAACAAACAAACAAAAACGGUCUCUUACUAAUUAGACAAAACCGAUUUUUAUUUAUUUAUUUUUAUUCUCCAAAUGGCGAUCGCUCACGUUGCCACCGAGUACGUUUUCUCAGACUUUUUGUUGAAGGAUCCCCCCGAGAGAAAGUACAAAGGGGUUCGUCUGGAACUGGCGGCGGAUAAAAUCGUGACGAUUUUGGCGGCGGGGCUGCCUUUGUUUCUCAUCUCUCUCGCUUUUGCUCAGGAGGUGUCUGUCGGCACUCAGAUCAGCUGUUUUGCUCCCAUUAACUUCUCCAUGAGACAAGGAGCUUAUGUGGACUCAUUCUGCUGGGCAGCAGUACAAGCUCAGUCUACACAACUGUGGAUGCACAAGUUCUUUCCGUACAUUUUGCUCUUCCUGGCCAUCCUGAUGUACACUCCCACCCUGUUCUGGCGAUUCACAGCAGCGCCACACCUCUCAUCUGACCUCAGCUUCAUCAUGGAGGAGCUGGAUCGCUUUUAUAACCGUGCAAUCAAACUGGCCAAGAAUCUGGCAACCAUAGAAAACAAGGAAGCACCAGAGGACACCCAAAGCAGUGCUGUGGGCCUGUCUGAGGAAUGCUUUAAAUUCCCUUUGGUGGAGCAGUAUCUGAAGACCAAACGCUUCUCUCACGGCCUGGUGGUCAAGUACCUGGCGUGUCGCAUCCUGACUCUCCUGACGCUGCUGCUGGCCUGCCUCUACUUGGGUUACUACAUCCAGCUGGUCUCAGUCACCGAUGAGUUUCCGUGUGACUUGAGGACAGGACUGCUGAAGAAUGACAGCACGGUGCCGUCGGCGGUCCAGUGUAAGCUCGUGACGGUGGGCAUCUUCAGGCUGCUCAGCUACAUCAACCUGGUGAUGUAUGUGCUCCUUGCUCCACUGGUGGUGUACGCCGCCGUUGGACCAGCGCGGCAAAGUUCGAGCUUUCUUCGUCCAUAUGAGAUGCUGCCAGGCUUUGGCAGCCUGGGUGUGGUCACGCCGGUCUACAAUGACCUCAGCAUCUAUCUGCUGUUUCUGGAAGAGAACCUGAGUGAAAUCAAAUCAUUUAAAUGCCUACAGGUAGGUCAAACCACACAAACUACCCAGCAGCUGGGGUUUGAACUGAGGAUCGCUCAACCAGCAUUUAACCACGAGACCAUCAGCUCCCCAAAUGAGCAAUGA